AGACCUGCUUCCCCGGGCUCAAGGGAAUCUCCACCACCACUGCUACCGCCUCCACAACCACCAGGCUCCUCAGAGCAAGCGGCUGUUGCUAUCAGCUGUCCCCAGGAGGGCAGACUUGGGGCAUAGCCUUCACCACUUUUGUGCUUUGAUCAAGAUGUGUUAACCUCUCUCUGAGCCCCAGGCCCUAUAAAGGGAGGCUGGCUCUAGUGGGAUCAGCUCAGCCACCUCCCCAGUGCCAGGAGCCCGCUGGAAAGAGUUCAUCCUCUCAAUUCUGGAGAAGAUGCAGACACAGGAGAUCCUGAGGAUGCUGCGGCUGCCCGAGCUGGGUGACUUGGGCCAGUUUUUCCGCAGCCUCUCAGCCACCACCCUCGUUAGUAUGGGUGCCCUGGCCGCCAUCCUUGCCUACUGGUUCACUCAUCGGCCAAAGGCCUUGCAACCACCGUGCGACCUCCUGAUGCAGUCAGAGGAAGUGGAGGACAGUGGUGGGGCCCGGCGGUCCGUGAUCGGGGGUGGCCCUCAACUGCUCACCCACUACUACGAUGACGCCCAGACCAUGUACCAGGUGUUCCGCCGUGGGCUCAGCAUCUCAGGGAACGGGCCCUGCCUUGGCUCCAGGAGGCCCAAGCAACCUUACCAGUGGCUGUCCUACCAGGAGGUGGCUGACAGAGCUGAAUUUCUGGGGUCCGGACUUCUCCAGCACAAUUGUAAAGCAUCUACAGAUCAGUUUGUCGGUGUUUUUGCACAGAAUCGGCCAGAGUGGAUCAUCGCGGAGCUGGCCUGCUACACAUAUUCCAUGGUGGUGGUCCCACUCUAUGACACCCUGGGUCCUGGGUCCAUCCGCUACAUCAUCAACACAGCGGACAUCAGCACCGUGAUCGUCGACAAACCUCGGAAGGCUGUGCUUCUGCUAGAGCACGUGCAGAGGAAGGAGACUCCAGGGCUCAAGCUGAUCAUCCUCAUGGAACCGUUUGAGGACAGCCUAAAAGAGAAAGGGCAGGAGUGUGGGGUGGUCAUUAAGUCCAUGCAGGCUGUGGAGGACUGUGGCCGAGAGAAUCAUCAUGCUCCUGUGCCCCCGCAGCCAGAUGACCUCUCGAUUGUGUGUUUCACAAGUGGCACAACAGGGAACCCAAAAGGUGCGAUGCUCACCCAUGGGAACGUGGUGGCUGAUUUCUCAGGCUUUCUGAAAGUGACAGAGAAAGUGAUCUUUCCGAGACAGGACGAUGUGCUCAUCUCCUUCCUGCCUCUGGCUCACAUGUUUGAGAGAGUGAUCCAGUCUGUCGUCUACUGCCACGGAGGGCGCGUCGGCUUCUUCCAGGGAGACAUCCGCCUCCUCUCAGAUGACAUGAAGGCUCUGUGCCCCACCAUCUUUCCUGUGGUCCCUCGACUGCUGAACCGGAUGUAUGACAAGAUCUUCAGCCAAGCAGACACACCGUUAAAGCGCUGGCUCCUGGAGUUUGCAGCAAAGCGUAAACAGGCCGAGGUUCGGAGUGGAAUCAUCAGAAAUGAUAGUAUCUGGGAUGAACUCUUUUUUAAUAAGAUUCAGGCCAGCCUUGGUGGGUGCGUGCGGAUGAUUGUUACUGGAGCAGCCCCUGCAUCACCAACAGUCCUGGGAUUCCUGCGGGCAGCUCUGGGGUGCCAGGUUUAUGAAGGUUAUGGCCAAACUGAAUGCACAGCUGGAUGUACCUUCACCACCCCUGGGGACUGGACAUCAGGGCAUGUGGGGGCACCUCUUCCCUGCAAUCACAUCAAGCUCAUCGAUGUCGAGGAACUGAACUAUUGGACCUUCAAAGGGGAGGGAGAGAUAUGUGUGCGAGGACCGAAUGUGUUCAAAGGUUACUUGAAAGAUGAGGACAGGACAAAGGAGGCCCUGGACAGUGACGGCUGGCUUCACACCGGAGACAUUGGGAAAUGGCUGCCGGCAGGAACACUUAAAGUUAUUGAUCGGAAAAAACACAUAUUUAAACUUGCUCAGGGAGAAUAUGUUGCACCUGAGAAGAUUGAGAACCUCUACAUCCGGAGUGAGCCUGUGGCACAAAUCUAUGUCCAUGGGGACAGCUUAAAGGCCUUUCUGGUGGGCAUUGUCGUGCCCGACCCUGAAGUCAUGCCCUACUGGGCCCAGAAGAGAGGAUUUGAAGGGACGUAUGCAGAGCUCUGCACCAAUCAGGAGCUGAAGAAAGCCAUUUUGGAAGAUUUGGUGAGGUUAGGAAAAGAAAGUGGACUCCAUUCUUUUGAACAGGUUAAAGCCAUUCACAUCCACUCUGAGAUGUUCUCGGUUCAAAAUGGCUUGCUGACACCAACACUAAAGGCAAAGAGAACCGAGCUGAGAGAGUACUUCAAAAAACAAAUAGAAGAGCUUUACUCAAUCUCCGUGUGAAGUUCAAGAGAAGUUCUUCUCAGUAUAAUGGACUGUAUAGCAAUAUUAUAGUUAUUCUUGAAAGUAAUGAGUCAGAAUGAUGCAGUUGAAAAUGAAUAAGUACUGAGCCUUUUCCUGUCCCAAAAAGUGUUUAACAAUAUUUUCUCUAUCAUCGAGUACACUUUAUUUUUAUUAAAAUGAUAUUGUAGCAAACUGCUAAAAAUAUCACAAACGGCAAUGUAAAGAUCAAGACAUUUUCUCAAGAAACGUGUACCACUAAAAGUAAUAUAUUCUCAAUGUUCACAGAACUCCUAUUAAAUAUAAAGGAAAAACAUAACUGAUAUACUGUACUUAAUUAUUUGUGGACUGGUAACCAGAUACAGCAAAUAUCUAGACAAUGUGGACUACCUCAUUCAAUAACUGAUGAUCAAAAUCACAAUUAUAUCAGACUUAAAAACUUACAGAAUCACUCUAAAACAAAACAUGAUAGCUCACAUUCUACAUAACUUCAGAUUCUUUGAACAUGACAGUCCUCAUUGGUGUGAGAAAGUCUGUCUCUAGUUUUUACUUUUAUUCAUGAAAAAUGCAAAUUCAGAUAUUUAUAAAACAAAGGUUAUGUUUAUAUAACAAUUUACAAAGAUCUUUUGAUACAUUUUCUCAUUUACACUCAUUAAAAUAUUCAAGAACUACCUAGAAAAAAAUGUAAUGAAAACUUACUUCAAGUUUAGUAUGUGUAUGUCCAUGGACUUCUUACCAUAAUGAAUUCUAAAAGAUGUUUGCUAUUUGUGGAAGACUUGGGAGAAGAAACCCAGGCUUAUUUGUCAGGGAGGGCAGCAAUUAAUGUAUCUAUAUUCCUUGCUGCAGACUUCCAGUCUUCCAUUUUCAAUAUGUCCAUGCCUGGACUGGAAACCCGGUAUGGCUAUAUUCUGAACAACCUCAUCUUCUUCCAUUAAGGCUAUCAAGGCAGGAUGUGGAGGUGGGAGUGUUAUUUCCAAAUAAAAUUCAUUUUCAACAACAGAAUUUUGAGGAACCUCUUCAAAAUGCCACCCGAAAACUGUAAGCCCAUCAAAUAGAAAUAAAUCCUGAGGACAGAAUCCCAUUCCUAAAAAUUUUAAGAGGUUCUAAAUCAACCACAAAAAACCUUUCUUGCAUUAUGUGUUUAGACAUGUCCUGAACUUGGGUGGCAACAAUUUCAUAUAAUUAAAGCCCAUAUACCAUGGACAGAAAUUAAGUUACAAGCUACAGACUGCACCUCAGGAAGGUGCAGCCCCCAGGACAGUGUCCUUCUUCUUUAGAGACAUGACUGUGGAAACAGAGGAGGGGACAGUACUCACAGUCUAGAAGCUCCUUUCUCUGGGAGGAAAUGCAAACUGUAAGUAAGUGCUGUCGAUUAAAAACUUCAUAACUACCUGAUUAUACACUUAUAUUUCAGUCUUGUCAUAAGUGGACCACAGCUUCAUUUGAUGUAUUUAUCUAGUCUUUUAUAUAUUCCUUAAACUUAUUCUUUCUGAAGACCCACUUGCAUUUACAAAUUUGACAUUUAGUAAAUGAGCUAGUUAUUUGCACAUUAAUUUUUAAAGGUAUUUCUGAAUAAAUACUAAAAAUGUCUGAGGCCAUAUCUAUAUAGCGUUUGAUAUUUUAAAAUAUCGAAUAUAUAUAUGGCUAAUUAAAAAUGAAAACCAUUACCUCAACUGGAUAGAUACUGUUUAAAAGGCAAGUAACUUCACAUUUCAAAGGAAAAGAAACUAUUUCCCACUGUCCUUCCACUUGAGUAAAAUUUCAUAGUUGGAUUUGUUUCCAAAAGGAUUUGGGGCAAUGUAACAUAAACAAAUAAUUUAAAAGUAAUUUUGAUUCUAUUUAUACCUUAUAAUAGUUAGAUCUUAUUGAUUGUGGAUAACUUAAGAUUUCUUCUUUUUUCUCACUUAAAAGAUCUUAUGUUUCUACCAUUCUUCCUGGUCUGUGUGAAAAUCAUCACACUUAGGUCAAUAAGUAGGUUAGUGCAGAUGUGUGGAGAAAAGUAAAUUGUGACUGUAAACAUAUUGCAUGUACAUUUAUCUAUUCCUCUAAUUCCAUUUACUUUAUUAAUAAAGGAGAAAUGAGACAAAA